AUGAAGUGCGCUCGCGUGCUCGCCCUCUUUCUUGGAGCGGCUAUUCCCGCUCAGGCCGCAUUUACAUGGAAGAACGUUAAGAUCGGUGGCGGCGGCGGUUUUGUUCCUGGGAUCGUCUUCCAUCCCAAGACAAAAGGCGUAGCAUAUGCCCGAACAGACAUUGGUGGCCUGUAUCGCCUGAAUUCUGAUGAUUCAUGGACUCCAGUCACAGAUGGAAUUGCUAACGACGCGGGUUGGCACAAUUGGGGUAUUGACGCUGUUGCUCUAGAUCCGCAGAAUGAUCAGAAAGUAUAUGCUGCGGUCGGCAUGUAUACGAAUAGCUGGGAUCCUAAUAAUGGGGCUAUUAUUCGCUCUUCAGACCGUGGUGCCACGUGGUCUUUCAGUAACUUGACAUUCAAAGUCGGAGGUAAUAUGCCAGGACGCGGUGCAGGGGAGCGGCUAGCUGUCGACCCGGCCAAUUCCAAUAUCAUCUACUUCGGAGCUCGAUCAGGAAAUGGUCUCUGGAAGUCCACUGAUGGCGGCGUUACCUUUUCAAAGGUAACAUCGUUUACGGCAACGGGCACGUACGCGGCAGACCCUACCGAUCCCAACGGCUACAAUAAUGAUAAACAGGGACUUAUGUGGAUAACCUUUGACUCAACAAGUAGUACCAGCGGAGGCGCGACUUCUCGCAUCUUUGUUGGCACCGCUGAUAAUAUCACUGCUUCAGUUUACGUGAGCACAAAUGCCGGCUCUACGUGGACAGCUGUCCCUGGCCAGCCGGGAAAAUACUUCCCUCACAAAGCCAAACUUCAGCCUACGGAAAAAGCUUUGUACCUUACAUACGCCGAUGGUACGGGACCAUAUGAUGGAACACUAGGAUCAGUAUGGAGAUAUGACAUCACAGCUGGGACUUGGAAAGACAUUACCCCAGUCAGCGGAUCGGACCUCUACUUCGGUUUUGGAGGUCUCGGCGUCGAUAUUCAAAAGCCGGGGACUCUUGUUGUCGCUUCAUUAAACUCUUGGUGGCCGGAUGCCCAGCUGUUCCGUUCCACAGACUCAGGAACGACAUGGAGUCCUAUUUGGCAGUGGGCUAGCUAUCCUUCUAUGACUUAUUAUUAUGGCAUCUCGACUCCAAAGGCGCCAUGGAUCAAGAAUGAUUUCAUAGACGUAACUAGCGAGUCGCCAUCUGAUGGACUUAUCAAGCGUCUUGGUUGGAUGAUCGAGUCACUUGAAAUUGACCCUCUAGAUAGCAAUCACUGGCUCUAUGGUACCGGCAUGACAAUAUUCGGCGGUCAUGACUUGGCCAACUGGGACACUGUUCACAAUGUGACAAUUCAGUCGCUUGCUGAUGGCAUUGAAGAGUUUGCUGUACAGGGUCUAGCCUCUGCACCUGGGGGUAGCGAACUGUUAGUGGCACUAGGAGACGAGAACGGUUACACAUUUACAAGCCCGAAUAGCCUCAGUACCUCGCCGCAAAACGUCUGGUCAACGCCAACAUGGGCGACUUCGACAAGUGUUGACUUCGCAGGCAACUCCGUCAAAAACGUUGUCCGCGUUGGCAAUACUGCUGGCACUCAGCAAGUUGCGAUUUCAUCCGAUGGCGGCGUGACAUGGAGCAUCAACUACGGUGCUGACACAUCUAUGAAUGGUGGCACUGUCGCUUAUUCGGCAAAUGCUGACACAAUUCUGUGGUCGACUGCCUCAUCUGGAGUGCGGCGUUCGCAGUAUCAGGGCAGUUUUACAGCCGUCUCUAGCUUGCCCGCCGGUGCCGUGAUCGCCUCAGACAAGAAGACCAACACCAUCUUUUAUGCCGGAUACGCAUCUACUUUCUAUGUCAGCAAAGAUACUGGCAGCACUUUCACAACUGGGCCUAAGUUGGGCAGUUCCACUUCCAUUCGAGACAUUAUUGCCCACCCAACAACGGCGGGCACUCUAUAUGUCUCGACUGAUGCCGGCAUCUUCCGUUCGACCGACUCAGGCACAACCUUUACCAUAGUCUCUACAGCCCUGACCAACGUUUACCAGAUUGCCCUUGGCGUUGGUUCUGGCUCGAACUGGAAUUUGUAUGCCCUCGGUACUGGGUCAGCUGGCGCCCGUCUUUAUGCCAGUGGGGAUAAUGGCGCAACCUGGACUGACAUUCAAGGUAGCACUCAGGGUUUCGGUGCUAUCGACGGCGUCAGACUCGCUGGUAGUGCCAGCACUGCUGGACAAGUUUACGUAGGUACCAAUGGUCGAGGUGUUUUUUAUGCCCAGGGAACAAUUAGCGGUGGUAACGGUGGAAGCCCAUCUUCCUCCAUUUCCUCGAGUAAGCCCAGCACCACUACCUCAAGCCGUACUACACUCUCCUCUUCAACCAUCUCGACUACCCGUACCUCUAUUGUGACCUCGACUACUCGCACCAGCUCGUCAGCCAGCCCUUCAGGAACAGGCCUUGCACAGCAUUUCGCCCAGUGCGGAGGUAUCGGCUGGACUGGUCCAACACAGUGUGUAUCACCGUGGAAGUGUCAAGAACAGAACGAAUACUAUUAUCAAUGUGUUUAA